AUGGAAGCCGGCCUAGAAAAUUUCGAAGGUGUACGUUUCUAUAAUGGAACCCGAUACGAGGGCACCUGGAAUGCACUCGGCAUGGAUGGAAUCGGCAGAUACGUUUCCCCCCAUGAUGUUAAGUUGGAAGGAGAAUUCCGCAAAGACACGUUUCACGGUCAUGGCACCGCGUAUUGGCCUUGCGGGCAAAGGAUGGACGGUGUCUGGUCUCGAGGUGAAUGCAAAGAGAACCGAUACAACUUCACAGAUGGUUUGAUCUUCCUGAAAAAUGGUUGGAAAUACUGUAAAUUCCCCGAUAGACGCUACUACACCUGUCUGAAAUACGGAUUACGUCCUGCCGGGGCAACAUUGCGUAUCGAUAAGGAAAAGGGGACUACGAUUCCAACCUUUGAUUACGAUGCGGGAAUCGGAAUCUUUAAUCCUCGUACGCAUUGCAUCGCGUCUUACCGAGAUCCAAACAAGAUACUGGAAAUACCGACCGCGAGGAUCGCUCGAUGGAUCGUAAACAACUGUCGAAAGGGUUGGACCGAACCGACGGGACAUCGCCGGUCUCUUUACGAACGUUGGAUUCCUCGGGAAAACCACGUACACGUUUCUCCUCUUCCACCAUUGCAAUCGCUUCCAAAAUCUUGCUUCGAAUCUUGGUGGAAAAGGUGGGAAAUUCUAAACAACGAAUUAUUACUUUAUGAAACUUUGUCGGUCCACCUUGCAGGUUAA